CCUGCCCAGCUUCCAGUCUUGCGCCUUCUCGCGGGCUGGAGGGAGGGGUUCGGGUGUACUCCCUCAACAGGCCGAAGGACACCGGCCCCCGCGGGUGUCUGAAGAAAAAAUAAACUUUUAGUGCGAGGAGUUCUACCCUGCUUUGAGCACAACUUUUCUAAAGGAACUGGUUUGGGGAUCAGCUAGCAUGGAUCUUAGCAGUGAUUACCAAUUCCUCAACAAGAUUCUGGGAAGAACAAUGAAAAUCACCUUGAAAUGUGGCCUCUUCCAGGGGGUGUUGCAGCAUGUGGAUUCCAACAGAAGUAUUCUUUUAAGCAGAGUGAAAAACUUGGAAAGUGGCAGAAGUAUGCCAGGAGUAAAGAUGUUUUUUGGUCAUGAAAUACUGAAUGUGGAACUGCUGGAAGAACUGGAACAAGGGGCAGGAAGAGGAACAGAAACUCUCCCUGGGGACAGUCCAGUUACUGAAGGAAUUGGAAUGGCUGGCAGGGAACCAGUGGAGCAAAGCAGUUCUACUUGCGUUUCCCCAGAGAGCCAGGACACCACCCUAAGUAACUUUAAAUAUAAUGUAGCAGAAGACGAGGAGGAAGGUAUGGAGUACAUAGUCAUUGAUCAGUUCCAGCAGAAAUUUGGCUCAGCAAUACUGCACAUCAAAGAGCAGAUGGUUCUUAGUGUUGCAGCAGAAGGUGUUAGUCUUUGUCGCUAUGGAAAGCUCUGCUGGUUUCAGGUGGCAACAAGGAGUCGGGUUUUCUUAUUUGAUAUUUUUCUCCUGGGGCCUCGAGCCUUCAAAAAUGGACUACAGAUGGUGCUAGAAGAUGAGAAUAUUUUGAAGGUUAUCCACGACUGUCGUUGGAUCUCUGACUGUCUCUCUCACAAGUAUGGAAUCAUUCUCUCCAAUGUCUUUGAUACACAGGUUGCUGAUGUCCUGCAGUUUUCAGUGAUGACAGGUGGCUUCCUUCCACACCGCAUCAGCACCUUGGAGGAGUGUUUGAUACGGCAUUUAAAGAUGUCCCCUAAAUCAGUUUCCUUCAUGAGGCGCAAACAACAGGCAGUUCAGGAAAACCUUGAUGUAUGGUUUGUGAGACCCCUUCCACCUUCCCUGCUGAAAGUGCUGGCUCUGGAGACAGUGUACCUUCUGCCUCUCCGCCUCAUGUUUCUGGAUGAGAUGAUGUCUGACUUAACAACCUUAGUGGAUGGUUACUUAAAUGCCUAUCGGGAAGGGUCAUCAGUUCAGCUGGGGAACACUAAGUCUUCUUGCAUGGACCUGCCAGCGGAACUGCGUCAGCUGGCAGAUUUCCAGAAGUUAAGGAGAGAGAAAGCAGUAAAAGAAUACAGGGUAAAUGAAGAGGGCCUUCUUAUCAGGCCAACACUGGAAUUUAAAGGAAAAAAGGCUGCAGAGAAGGAAGCAAACCAUGGAGAGGAUAAUAGCCAUGUUCUUUCUAGUGAAACAUUACAGAAGACAUCUUUUCACAUGAAGGACCCACCCUGUCAAGAGACCGACAAUGAGGAAGCACAAGAAGAAAAUUUCUGGGAAAAUGAUCAAUCUAGACUUGACUGUAAAAUUCCAUCCUUGGAAGUGGGAGCAGAAGCAGGAGACUUGGUGAACUCUGCAUUGGGGGACUUCCAAGGGAUGCAGAAGGGACAGUCUUCCAUGCAGGAACCUCAAACACCAGCCACUCUGUCUUUACAAAGGGAGAUGAAUCUUUUGUUGAUGGAAGACAAUGAGGAGGGCCUUUCAUGUAGAAAGCAAACUACUAUCUCUGCCUCCAUUUUUCCAAAAAUGAGCAGUUCUCUACAAAAUUCUCACGUUUUAGAACUACCCCCACCUUCUGUGUUGCCCCCUUGGCCAGCACUGAAGACCGCUGUCUUGCAGCAGAACUCUUUGAAGGUGAGCAACAGCUGCGCUCCCCGUUUCCAAGUAAGACCGGAGAGGGAAGGGUUUUCAGCGUUACGCUUUGCCUUCCCCUCAACUCUCGGUUACCGGAUGCCAGCACCAAGCCCUUUGGAUAAGUAGCAGAUCUGUGUUUUUUCAAAAGAAAAAGUCAUUGUCUCUCACUGAUCUGUUAACACAAGUAUCUUCAACAAACUUUUUGUAUUGAGGAAAAAGGAUUUUGCUUCUCAGUUCUUCACUUGUUGAAAUGGCUUGUAGAAACUAUCCCUUUCCAAAUACAAAUGUAAUUGAGACCACAACGGGCUUGCUGGCAGAAAUAAAAAAUGUAACUUGGCAAACCCUCCUAGGCUUGGUCUCCCCUUGGGGUUUGGACAGAUAAACCUUACCAUGAGGUAAACAAGGGUGAGGCAGCAAUUCCACAGUAACUACCCUUGUGCAUGCUCUUAUCCUACAUUAAAGGAAAGCUAACCUGUAGUGGCUUAGCCCUCAGUAAGACAAGUAAGCUAGUGUGGGUAGGAUUUCAUUUACUGUAUGGUAAGAGCCUGCAUGCAGAUAGUUACCAUGGAGUGUCUGAUAUGCUGGUAAGUCCUGCCAUUAUUUCCUCAUGGUAACCUGUUGCUGUGUCUAUGUCGUUAAAAGUUCAGCCAGCAUGGCUAUCUAUCUCAGUUGGAAGGAUGGAAAAAUAUCACAGCCCUAGCUCACAUAGCUAUGCUGGCAAAAGUUCCAGAGUAGGCAGUUAUACUAGAUAAAAGGGUUUUUUUUAUACCAUUGUAGCUGAUUUAGUGUAGGAAACUGGUUGUAAAAUGCAUUGGCAAAAGAACUUUUGCUGGUAUAAUCUGCAUCUCCAUUAGGAGGGUUUGCCAGUAUCACUAUUCCAGCAAACCGUUUCUACUGUAAAUGCAGCUUAUACUGAAAAAAGCACUUUUACUGAUAUAGCAUCUACCAGUUCCCUGAACAAAAUACAUUGUAUUGCCAAGAGCAGUUUUACGCUCACCAUAAUAACUGUCACACUAGGCCAGCAGAAGCUGGGAUAAACAUGACAAAAAAUCACGCCUGACAAAACUACACAAUUGGUAGAAGUUUCUAGUGAGGGUCUCACCUGAGUAUAGAUACAGACGCUUCCAUUUCCAUACACCAUUGAGGAUUCUUUAAUCUGGGCAAAGUUAAGACUGUUCUCAGAUCACGAACAGUCUUGAUUUUGAUGCUUACGUACGUUUAAGUACUGUAUGAUGCACUUUUGAUGUUUUGGAAGAGAAAUGCACCUCACUGGGGUGUAAUGUUGAGGGAGGGGAGAAAGGUAACAUUGUGAAGUUUAUGGGUUGUAAUAGUGUUGGAAUGGGGAGAAUCUGGCCCAUCUCAAGUGCACUGCAAUCUAAGUAUGAGGGCCACACAAUUCUAGACUUAAACUAGUGGCAGAAAAAUGUCUUCAUGUUUCAUAUAACACUUAGGAUUUACACUUUGGAUCACGUUUAAAUGUUUGUUUGCUCCAUGUUGACUUGGACAAAAACUGUUGAGCCCUUGUCUUCCCAGAAUUGCUAGGGGAGAAGUUAAUAUUUAUGUUCACAAAAUUGCUAGUUAAAACUUUAUUAUUUAAAAAAAUAGUAGCAGUACUCAAACCAUGAUUUCUUUUUGGACCUCCUUUAAGUGAAAUUUAGGGGGAGAGGAAGAUGUUUCAGUUAAUGACCAUGCUGGGAGGCAGCUAUUCCUGUGUAAGCUAUCCCUGAGGCAGCUCUUCAGGCCUAAAAUGACAAAAGGUACUGCACGUUCUCUUUGAAAUAGUGUUACGUGUUAAAAUAAAUGCACGUUGCUUUAUUAUAAAAGUUUGAAACAA